AUGUCCGGCUCUACCUAUCCCCAGCCAAUGGCCUCCUCCUCCUCCUCGCUCCCUCGUCGACACUCCCAACCUCCUCUCCCCGUCCCUGGCUUGGGCCUCCGGGCCGCCCUUUUGGGGUAUCUAGGCGAAGUGGAAGCGUCCAUUCGGGGGAGAUUAUCGGGCACGCCCGAGCGCGACAGCGAAGUCCGGGAUGACUCCUCAGCCUCGGAGGGGCUCAGCGAGGAUACACCUCUCGAAGAGCUCGACCCGGAGGGUGCACGAGGAGAUCCCUCAUCUACCGGGUCCGGACUCGGUCUCGGCCACGGUGCAUACGGCGGAAUAGGGGAGCCGCAACUACGGUACCGCGGACCCCCUACUUCCUCUUCUUCCCCUCUCCUCGCCCAACCUCCAUUCCCAACCCGGAACGCGUCCUACUCCUCACAAGACGCCCUCCUCUCGCACCUCUCCUGGCUUCGGGAAGAUAUCCUCGCCUCCCUUCCUCCGGCGGUACUUUCCGCGCCGAGCUUGAGCGGAAGUAGGGAAUGGCUCCGCGCCCUCCCAGCGCGGCUGAUGGCUGUGGAGCGAGGACUAUGGGCGGAGGGGUCUACCUCCCCUGCUGGCCCAGGUUCCGGCUCUGGUCAGGAAGGAGAAUGGGGGAGCGUGCCGGGCCUAGCACUUCCGGCUGCUGCGGUCGAAAGUGCACGAUUGAAGGUGCUGGAAAUUGUCAGAGGGGUAUUACCUACGGACGAGUGGGAAGGAUGGGAGAGGCUGGGAUGGGAAGAGACGGAUCCGAUGGCUGCUCGACCGGCUAUGUUCUCGUCAAAGCUCGGUCUGAGUGCCAAUGGGGACGAGGACGGGCCGACCGAAGAGGAGGAAGAAGAAGAGAGCUCGAAAUUCUUCUUCCCGAAUAGGACGCCGGCGGCCAAGCAGGCUAUAGCGAGCCGGAGGCGGACAAUACGGAGUAAGAGCCUGGGCGCGGCGGGGCAGCCGGGGAGCUGGGCUGCUUUGCAGGGAGGUGGGGGAUUGGCGGACAGGGAAGGGGCAGGGGGGAUGCCGAAGUUGCAAAGGAUGAGGACGAUGCCGAUGCUCUCGCGGACGACUAUGGAUGAUGAGGACGAGUCUGAUGGAGACGAAGUGGAGGGGAUGAAGGUGGCGAGUCCAGAGCUGGGGAUGGGAAAUGGGCCGGAAGUCCUGGAGGAGCUCGGUGUGAAGGGAGAACAAGUCCGCAUUGACUCGCCCAGGAAAGGAAAGGGCAAAGUUCUGGAGGGGCUCGGACCGUCCAUCGCCGAAGCGCUCGUGUCGAGUGAUCACGGACGGCGAUUGAUGCUAUAUGAGAACCUGCCAAUUGAUUGGCGGAAUAACGAGCAUAUCGUUACUGGAUACCGCUUCAUCCCUCUCCACGCUACGACCGGGCCUAUACCCCUCCUCAAGUCCGCCUUCGCAUGGCAUAAUGAGACUAUCAAUAUCCACUCGCAUUUCAUCCCCAGCAUGUUCAUCAUGCUCGUCAUACCGUUCAUCAUCCUCAAUACGCCUCUGCCAGACGCUCACCCGCUCGAUACCGCCGUUCUGGUGUUGUACCUUACUGCGGCCAUAUCAUGCUUGUUUACUUCGGCGGAAUGGCACGUCCUGAGCGGAUGCGCAAGUAAGAAAUGGAUGGAGUGGGGUGCUUGUGUAGACUGGCUCAUAGCUGCCUCAUUCGGAACCGUCGUCUACAACGCAUUUUACUGCCAGCCCAAAGCUGUUCUGCUUUACUGCAGUACGAAUGCCGCUUGCGGGGCUCUGGGUAGUUACUUGCCUUUCCAGCGGUGGUUCAACCAGCGCCGAAUGAAGCCUUAUCGGAUAGCCUUCUUCCUCUUCCUGAACUUUGCGAUGUUUGCGCCUAUAUCGCAAUUGUUUUGGAAGUAUGGAUGGACCAAGGGGAUCGCUUUCACCUCGCCCUUCGUCUCCUCUAUCGCAUGCUACGCCUUCGGCCUGAUCUUCUACGCCUUCCACUUUCCCGAAUGUGUGUGGCCCGGCAAGUUCGACAGGGUCGGACAUUCACAUCAGGUCUGGCACCUCGGUAUCGUCAUCGCCAUCAUCCUGCACUACAAAGCCGUCUUUACGGUCCAUGAUAUGCGGUACGACUAUUCGUGUGCGGCACCAGGGGCGGGACCUCCCGUUAGUGCUGUUUUUGCAAGCUGGGUGCGGAGCCUAAGGGGAUAA